AUGGUUCUCGGGUCUUCCUUCUCCAUCGGAGCAGGCCCUCUCGUACGAUUCGCAGCAUUUCUAGUCAUUGCGUGGCUACUCUUCCACAUCUUCCAAGGCAUUUACCAAGCAUAUGUCUCCCCACUGAGGCAUGUCCCAGGCCCAAAAGCAUGGGUCAUAUUUCCAGCCAUCCCUAGAAUCAAAACGCUUCUCGGGACUUUCGACCAUGACGUACGCCUCCUUCACCAGAAGUACGGCAACAUCGUCCGCCACGGUCCAAAUGCUGUUUCGUUUACAACAUCGAAUGCAUGGAAAUCUAUCUACGGUCACGGUCACCGUCAGUUCCCAAAGUUCAACGCAUCGAAGCAGCUGGACCCCCAAUCCAACAUUCUUACGGCCGACGACGAGAAUCACGCCAGGAUCCGUCGCGGCGUUUCUCAUGCCUUUUCUCCAAAGUCACUGGCAGAGCAAGAAUCUAUCGUGCACGAAUAUGUUGACAAGCUCAUCAGGAGACUCUCCGACGUGGCCGAAUCCCAGCUACCAACGGAGAUUGGGAGGUGGUUUCACAUCGCAUCAUUCGAUAUCAUCGGUGAUUUGACAUUCGGAGAGUCUCUCGGUGGUCUCGACAACAACGAGCUGCACCACGUUGUCACCUCCGUUCUUCUAUUCAUUGAGAGAGCCAAGAAGAUAUUUGAGCUGGACAGUCUACUUGGCCCCUUAAGCUGGCUGAUUAUGCCUCUCCUCGCUCGUGGAGUGGAAAAGGGGUUCAUGGAUCAGUUCCAUUACACCAGGAUGGCGGUGAGCAGGCGUCUUGCUAAUGACUCGGUAAUAUCUCGCAAAGACUUCAUGCAGGGAUUGCUUCGAGGUCGGGCGGAGAAAGAGAUCAAUUCUAUCGAAGAGAUCAUCACAAAUGCCAAUACUCUCUUCGUCGCCGGUAGCGACACGACUGCGACGUUAAUGACAGCAUGCACGUUUUAUCUUCUGUCAACACCUGAAGCACACCAAAGGGCUGUGGAAGAGGUCCGCCAGGCUUUCACCUCACCAGCCGAGAUCACGUUCACCAACGCAACAGCACGGCUUCCCUAUCUUCUGGCCGUGCUGAACGAGACAUUCAGGCUCUAUCCUCCCGUGCCAACCUCUCUCGAGAGAAUUGUUCCGGAUGGUGAGGAACCAGUCUACAUCGAGGGAAUGUAUAUUCCUACCGGAGUCCGUACUGCCAGUUUCCUUCCUUCCAAUAUACAUCUAUCCUCCAUCUCCUCCUACUAA